GAAGAAGAAGAUGAGAAACAUAAUUUUGAAUCAUGAGUGCAGUGUUUAGUUUUCUUUAACAAUCCAACUCAGUCCUUUUAGUUAAAACUUGACUCUGGUUUGUGUACUGAUUCUGGUAGGGUAAAAUCUAGGAAUGUAUGUAUGAUCGAAUAAGUAGUUUUUGAACAUUGCUAUACUACGUGUGGAUACUGCUGAAACUGAAGGACCGAUUCUUCCAAAUGUUGAGAAUCAUCUCUCUAUCGCAACCUCGUGUCAGCCCUCUCGCCCAUUACGUAAACACUGUAUGUUCCGCCUCAACAAGCUGUCUACUGCCAUCUAAUUCUCCUUCCUCCAAGCUGUUGCAUUCUCGGAUUUUGAUUCUCUCUUCUCCGUUCUCCCACUCGUCCAAACACAAGAAGGAAGAUAGCGACGACCUUUCUCUUUUCAAUAGAGACCUAACAGCUCCGCCGAAACUCUUCGUUGUUCAACCUCGUCUUCGUCCUUAUACAUUUCUGCAAGCGAAGCUAAACGAGGCUUUGUGCCUUGCAAAUUCUCUAGAAGAACAACGAGAUGGCUAUUUUCAUAUUGAUUUUUUCGACAAGGAUGUACCCCCUUACGUCGUAGUUCAAAAUCCUUCUGUAAGAGGGGCUCGCGCUGAUACAUAUUUUGGACCAGGGACUGUGGACACCAUCAAAUGCCAUUUGAAUGCGGCAGAAUCGAAGAGUGAAGUCGAUGCUAUUUUUGUAAAUGCCACUCUCUCUGGUAGUCAGCAAAGGAAUUUGGAGUGGGCGUGGAAUAAACCUGUAUUGGAUCGCGUGGGUCUCAUAAUAGAGAUAUUCAAUGCUCAUGCCUACACGAAGGAGGCAAAGUUACAGGCUGAACUGGCUGCUUUAAUGUAUAAAAAAUCAAGACUCGUUCGUGUACGUGGCCUUGAUGGACGUUAUGCAUUUGGUGCUAGGGGAGAAGCUGAAGUUGUUAGUGCCAGAGGGAGAGGGAGUGGGGGGCGUGGCUUUAUAAGUGGUGCAGGAGAGACUGAACUUCAACUCCAGCGGCGAAGAAUUUUGGAACGAAGAAAUCAUCUUUAUUCCCAAAUUGAAGAGGUCCGCCGUACACGUUCUUUGCAGCGUGCUUCUCGAAAGAGGCAUGGAGGUUCAAAUGGCCAACAUUUAGCUACAGUUGCUGUUGUUGGGUACACUAAUGCUGGGAAGUCAACACUAGUCAGUGCACUCUCAGACAAUGAUCUCUAUAGUGAUUCUAGAUUGUUUGCAACUGUCGAUCCCAGAUUAAGAAGUGUUUUUCUUCCUUCUGGGAGAAAAGUAGUCCUAAGUGAUACGGUGGGAUUUAUUUCAGAUUUGCCUGUGCAGUUGGUCGAAGCAUUUCAUGCAACUUUAGAAGAAGUUGUUGAAGCAGACUUGUUAGUGCAUGUGGUGGAUUGCACUGCUCCCAACCUUGAUGAGCACCGAUCAACUGUUUUGCAAGUACUUCAGCAAAUAGGAGUUUCUAAAAUGAAGCUUCAAGAUAUGGUUGAGGUUUGGAACAAGAUUGAUUAUCACCAAGAAGGCGAAAGUAUAGAUGAUUCUUGUGAUGAUGAUAAUGGUGAGGCUGCUAAUUCGUCGGGAGAAGAUAGUAAUGAAGGAAAGCUGUCAUCUGCUGGAACUAACAAUAUUGUUGAAAUGGAAAAGGGUGAUAUUACAAUAAAGCAAGCAACUGAAGAACAUCUUGGAAAUAGGAUGGAGGGACAAGAGAGUGAUUGUUGUGAUGACUGGUUGCAAGAUGAUGAUGAGGAUCAAAACCCUUGGGCUGAUAAAGGCCAGGGAAUGGGAGAAGAUGUACAGGCUUCAUUAGAUCAAUCUGGUCCACAUGUCAGAAUAUCAGCUAGGUUAGGGGUUGGUUUGGGAGAGUUACUACAACUCAUAGAUAACAAACUGAAGGUUCAGGAUGAGAAACUGCAAGCUCAAAACGUUUUAGAGAGGAAUGUUUUUGAUCGUAAAUGGAGGCCAUCUCAGAUGGAGUCUGAUUAAUUUUGAGAAGAUUAUGAUUCCUUGCAUCUGCAAUGGCUGCAGGCAAGUGUGUGGCUAUCAUAUCUAUGAAGCACUGAAUAUUAUUUAGUAUUCAUGCAUGUCUUGCCUCCUUUGCUUACAUUUUCAGCAUACGUUAAAUUUUUUUUCUUUUUAGGAAAACGUUGUACUGAUUAUCAAGAGUGCAACUUCUGGUCCUGUACAGAUAAAUGGUCCUGGGAUGUAAUAAUAACAAUAAUAAGCCUUUUGCCUUCUUUUAGUUUUCACAAAUGUUGAUGGUGAUACAACUUACCACUCCUUUUCCAAA